AUGUUUAGAUAUCUGUCUUUAUUUGUUUUUGCUAGGCUAGCUUUGGGUGGCGCAAUCCUAUGGGAUGGUCGAUUCAACGAUAUGACCUCAAGUUCGGAAUUGGAUAGCUGGUCAUGGAGCAACCAAGUCGGGCCAUAUCAAUACUAUAUUCAUGGUUCUGAGAACGCCACCUCCUAUGUCAACUUAGAUCCGGCAUUCAAAAACCCAGCGGACACUGUCAGCACACAGGGAGUCAAAAUUACCCUAGACAGCACAUCCUACUGGGAAGGCCAAACCAUGAGACGGACUGAACUCAUUCCCCAGACCAGCGCAGCAAUCAACAGUGGCAAGGUUUAUUACCACUUCAGUCUGCAGCGUACAGAUACAAAUGCACCAAGCGAGUUCCGUGAGCACCAGAUUGCCUUCUUCGAAAGCCACUUUACCGAGAUGAAGUCAGGGUGGCAGAGUGGUGCUUCUGGGACUAGCGACCCGCUUUUGCGGUGGGAUGUCUCCUCAUCGACUGAAUGGAAUACGACAUGGGAGGCUGGUGUCUGGCACAAUAUUGCUUACGGAAUCGAUUUCUCUGCGGGAUCUGUGGAGUUCUACCACUCUACCGGUGCGGAUGACCUAGUCCUUACACACUCAGCAGUCACUGUUUCUGCCUCUUCCAAUGGAAAGGACUGGCAUCUUGGUGUCCUGGAGCUUCCCCGUGAUGGAUAUGCUGAUGCGACUGAAGAUAUAUAUUUCAGUGGCGUCUAUGUGGAGAGUGGGGAUCUGACAACUAGUGUCUCUGGGGGUGCUGCCAAUAGCUCUUCUACUUCAUCUUCAUCUUCGUCUUCAAUCGACAUUGGAACAGUAACGACUUUGUCGACAGCAGUGGCAUCCGCUGCUUCCUCUACUACGGCAAGCAUUGCGCCGAUCAUAACUUCUUCUGCUAUAGAAGCUGCUGCUACCCCAACACCAUCUGAGCCUGAGGAUGAUAAUGACGAUGACUGCGAAUAA